AAUGAUAGAACCCUCUGAAGACUCAUUUGAGACGAUGAUGGAGCGUAAGAAUCCAUCAUCAAAACAAAUGGAGUCCUCCGAGGGCUCAUCCAACACGACCGUGGAGACAUCAGGCAGCGGCGCGCAGGAGGCGGCGGGGCCAGCCAGUGGCCCGGCCCAGGAAAUGAAAGAGCUGCCCAUUGAUCUCCGCCAAGACAUGGAGGAGCCAUCCAGUGGCCCACAUAGGGAAAUAAAGGAUCCACCCAAUGACCUACUCCAAGACCUGGAGGAGUCACACAACGGUUCACAUCAGGAAGUGGGGGAUCCAACCAGUGAGGCACCUGGCAGAAUGGAAGAAGCAUCAGUCAACUCACGGGGAGCCCAAGACCAACAAGUCAACGACACUGACCUGGCCAAUGUGGGAGAGGAGGAGCAUCCCGAAGAGGAGCCCGACACUUCGGAGAUCAUGGCCACCGUGAGAUCCAUCAUCUCUCUGUACUUCCGCAUGCAAGACCUCAGAGAGCAACAAAGAGUAGCGGAAGAGAUCCUGAUGGAAGGAAUCAAUGCAGGCCAACUGCCCGUCCCAUCAAAAUUCUCUGGUGAUCGCAGAGAAUACCAUGAGUUCAUCGUGCUCUGCCAACUGAUCCUACAAAGCUACCCGAGAAUGUUCUACAACGACCGCCUGCGAGUGGGGUACGUCAUGUGCCACCUCUCGGGCAUGGCCUUAGAAUGGGCCAGGGCUCUGGUGAACGAAGACAGCCCCCUGAUGGAUGACUUCCCGGCUUUCCUAGAGGCCAUGUCAGGUAUGUUCGAGUACCGACAGGCACUGCGUGUGGCAGAAGACGCCAUGUUCAACAUCAGGCAGGGGAAUCGCCCCGCCAUCGAAUACAUCAAUGAGUUCCAGGGCCUAGUACCCACCUUGGGCUGGUCGGACGAAGUCCUGCAGGCCCACCUGUGCCAGGGGCUCAACGAGGAGAUCAGGCACUAUCUGUUCCGGGUCCCGCAGCCAGAUUCGCUGGACAGCCUGAUCGUGCUCGUCCUGCAGAUAGAAGAAAAGCUGGCAGAGAGAAGGGCCAUGCUCAGGCUGCCCCCAGAGGCCCGCCCACGGAACCUGACCUGGAUUGACUCACCUGCCCCAGAGAGGUGGACGGUUAGCAGCUGGCUGCCCUGCGAAGUGCGCCCCACCGUUACCCGCAAGCACCUCUUCCUGCUGCUCCUGGUCCGAGUGAACCCCUACCACAGCGUUGCCGUCCAGGCCCUGGUUGACUCAGGGGCGGGCGGCAACUUCAUGGACGAGAGGUUUGCCCAAGAGCACUACGUGGAGCUCUACGAGAAGCCCUACCCGCAGAUGGUCCAAGGCGUGGACGGCUCACUGAUCGGCAACGAACCUGUCUGGCUCUACACCGAGCCCCUGGUGUGCAUCCAUCAGAACCACCAGGAGUCCAUCGAGUUCGACAUCGUUCCGUCCCCCAACUUCUCUGUGAUACUAGGCAUCAACUGGCUCCGGAUCCACACCCCCGAAGUCGACUGGCUCAAAGGCCGCUGCACCUUCCACUCUCCCUACUGCCUGCAGAAGUGCUUCCGCCCGCCCCCACCAUGCAUCGCGCUGGAAAGACAUGCCAUAAGCCUGCUGCCCGGACUGCCGCCCCUGUACUCCGACCUGGCCGACGUGUUUAACCCGAAGGAAGCAGAUGAUGAGACUUCCGACCAGCCAAGCUCAGACGGAUCCGAUGAUCUUUCUGAAUCAGAGCCCUCUGAGCUUCAGCAGGCUGGAGACAGUGAUCACAGCGAGACCUUUUACGAAUGUCCCUCCACCGCGCCAUGGGAACCUGUGGGUGCCGGGAUGCAAAAAAGUGCCAGGCCGCGGGAUGAAAACUGGAACCCGGAGAGCAUGCUGACCAACAAACAGGACUACAUACAGAUGAUUCCGGAACUCUUUGACCAGUUACACGGAGCUACAUGGUUCACAAAGCUGGAGCUGCGGGGGACCAUUGUGGAGGAAAGCAUGAACAUACACCAAGCGGAAGAUGUAUGGAAAGUGGCAUUCGGUUUCGAGCCUCAAGAGGUGGAGAGCUACCAGCCCUUUCCGCUAUCCUCAGACCCGAUUGUCCCUCAGCACGUGCUCCACUUGAUCCUGAAGGACAUGCUAGGUUACUUUGUGCUCUCGUAUGGGCAGGAUGUCCUGGUCUACUCAAUGAGCCAGGAGGAACACUUCCAACACGUCCGACAAGUCCUGGUCCGCUUCCGACACCACCACGUCUACUGCUCACUGGACAGAAGCCAGUUCCACCGACACACCGUUGAAUUCCUGGGAUUCGUCAUAACCCCCAAAGGGGUGAAACUCAACAAGAGCAUCGUGAACACCGUGACAGGGUACCCCACCCCGGGCUCAAAGAAGUCCCUGAAACACCUGAUCCAGUUCAUCUUGCCCUACCAGCACUUCGUGGAGCGCUUUGGGAUCAUCAUAGAGCCCCUGGCGCGGCUGCUGCUGACCGCCCCGACCUUCUCCUGGGGAGACGAGGAGCAAGAGGCCUUCGAGUGCCUGAAGCGGGCUUUCCGCAAGGCACCCCUCCUGCACCACCCCAAGCCACAGAACCCCUUCUACUUGGAAACAGGCGUCACCAAGACGGCUCUGCACGCCUCCCUGAUCCAAAUCGACGACCAAACCGGUAAGAGAGUCUCCUGCGCUUUCUACUCCCGAAAUAUCUCGCCUAUCGAAGUCGCCUACUCUCGCCUGGAGAUGAAGAUUCUUCCCAUAAGGGCUGCCUUUACGGUGUGGUGCCGCUACCUGGAGAACACCGAGGAGCCCAUCAUGAUCCUUCUCAACACAGAGGAUCUGGCCUCUCUGAAUAAUGACAGGCUCACCGUACUUCUCCCCGGGCAUUGGGUCUUCUUCUUCUCCCACUUCAACUUUGACGUCAUGCAGCGGCCAGCGCUAGAUGGCGGCCGGCCUCUGCCGCCCCUGAGAAACCUCAACCGAAGGCCUUUCCAGCACAACACUGCCACCCGGUCGAGGUCACUGUUCCUGACGGGAGGGCUCCCCCGGGACCGGUCGCUAGACUCCUGGGAAGAAGAUGAGAACGAGGAUGCCCCUCCCCAGGACAAGCCCCACGGACGGAACCUCCAGCAGGAGUUCCUGGCUCUCAUACCCAUCGACCAAAUUCUGCACAGCGUCCUCGCGCAUUUCAGCGUGGCCCAGAUCCGAGCAGUCAUUCUGCACUUCUUCCGGGGCCUCCUGUUCUGGAAGGACACCCUGGCCGUGGCAGCGCUCCUCGUGCUGCUGAAGCUCAGGCGGCGCCUGUCCCCGCGGCCCACGCCCGCCUGGCCCGGGCUCCGGCCCCCCCCGAGGCGCUGGCUGCGCCUCGGCCAGGCCUUCUUCGGCGUCCGAGGCGGUGGCCCGCAAGGAGCCCGCCCCCUCCCGGGAGGGACCCGCUCUCUGGAGCUGCACGUCGUGGGCGAUGAAGAUGCCGUCUUGCGAGAAGCCCUGCAAGACGACCUGCAACGUUACCGUCAGUGUGGCCUGCAUGACGGCCUGCAAGACACCUCGCAGGACGAGCAGAACGACGUGCAGGAGGCCCUCAGCCCCGACACCACCGUGGCCCUCCAGCCCCUCCGACACCUCCCCGUGCCCGCCGACGUCCUCGCCUUCCUGAGCCAACAUCCACCCCGUGUCCACAGCACCGCCGGGCAGCCCGACCUGAUUGCCCAGGAGCAGGCGGCCAGGGCCCUGAUCCACUUUCUGACCGCAGUCUACACACAGGCGCGACCGGCCGCUGUCUGGGCCCGGGAAGAAGCCAGGCUGGAAGAGCUGCCCGGGGUGCAGGACGACGGGAGCCUCCAGUGA